AGAAAUUUCGCCACUGAAAAAUUUUUACAAAUCGCGCUGUCAAAUUCUGUAGACUUAGGUGGUGUAUACGUUGGAGGCAGGACGUUUUCCGGAAUGCUUCGCCUAUUAUUUUUUUUCAAUUAAAACAUGCAGAAGUUAUCACGUUCGUUCCGGGACGGUGUGUUUAUAUAUAAAAAAUGGUCCAGCUUAGCUAGAUCGGAUUUCAGUACAAUUAUUGAUAUAUCCCGUAAAUUCUCCGUUCCAGCAUUCCAUCCCGUCCCGCCUCUCAUGUAAACAGCCUUUUAAAGGGACUACCAAAACUAACGGAAAAAUUGCUAUGGCUUUUUUGAUUUUUGAGACUGGCGCGAAGAAAUGACCCUCUGCCAGGGUGGUCUAUUCUGCUAUUUGAUUGGUCGCUCCCGUUAAUUAUGAAAGCAAAUUAAUUUAUGCGGAAAAAAAUAACGGAAAAACAGUAAUGGCGGUAAAGCUUCACUUCAAGAAAGAUGCAGAAACUUUUAUGCUACUUACUGGAUUUAAUUUUGCGAAAAAUUAAAAAAAAAUGGGCUUAGUUAGUGUAGCUAAAGCCUCUUUGUUAUACAUUUAUAGAGACGAUUUGUAAAAAAAAUAUGGAUACCAUUGGUGUACGGGAAGCCACGUCGGAGGAUUGUGAAGAAAUUUUCAAAAUGGUGAUUGAACUUACGAAGUACCAAAGCAAACCUUUAAGCUUAAUUAAAACAACAGCAGAAGCAUUAAAGGAAGAUGGAUUUAAGAACAAGCCUUGGUUUAAUUGUCUGGUUGCCACUAAAAAUGCAGAAUUAAUUGGUUACCUUUUGUACUUUCGAACUUACUCAAUACAACAUGGUCGAACAAUAAAGAUGCAGGAUUUGUAUGUAAAAUUAAAUCAUAGGCACGUUGGUGUGGGUAAAAAGUUGAUAAAAGAACUUAGCAUUAUAGCUGUUAAAGAAAAGUGCAAACUGAUUCACUGGUGCGUGCUGGAUGCUAACGACAACGCAAUCGGAUUUUAUGAAAAUAUUGGAGGAGAUAUGCAGAACAGUGUGGAAAUUGGCGUAAAUCAUGGCGAGUUAAAGAAUUUUGCUACAGGUAGAUUGUAGUAUAGAUUCUGUGACGGCUUCAAGUUAUAAAACAGCUUUAUACCAUUUUAGUAAGAGACAAAAGAAGUAAUUCGGGAUAGUACUUUCACUACCCUAAAUGAAACAUUGACACAGCCAGAAGAAACUCAACUCCGCUUUAUCUGAGUCGUAUUUCCUAAAUCAAAAUUGAAUUUUAAAGCUUGCUCUAAGGCUUUGAAAACUAUCAACGAAACGUUGGAAUCUAAAUUUUGCUUGAAUGCAUUGACUUGACUUUGAUUAGGUGAACUGUUAAAAACAUUAUCAGAUGUUUCCGAUUUAUAAAGACAUAUCUGUUGAUGGUGUUUCAACCCAUAUUUACUUAAAAUAAUUCAGAUUUGUUCAAUUGUUUUUGUUUUUCUGUAGCUGAAAACAAAUCCUAUGUGUAUUAUUAUUGAACUGCUGCUGAGUAUAAAAAUCCGAAAAAAAGUGGUUCACCAAACGCUGCGAGUAGGAUUCGAACCUACGCGGGAAGAUCCCAUUUGAUUUCGAGUCAAACGCCUUAACCACUCGGCCAUCGCAGCUAAAUAUCUCGGUGAUAGCUUCAAACAAAUUACUUCUCGACUUCUGUAACAAAAAUAUACUUGAAAUAUCACCAUGGUGAUUUCAAAUGUUAUACAUUUCACGAAUCCGCAAAUAACACGUCGUUCUCAACAACUUAAAAAGGCUACAAAACAAACUGGUUAUUUUUGGCUUCCCCGAAAGUCAAGCUUACGCCAGGUGAAAGGUUUAUGAGCAAUGAGGAGCAAAACAACAUCUUAAACCAUCUUAUAUAUCAUAUUGACGCCCAAAUAUAACUGAUAACGACAUGAAAAUUUUCAGCAAUAGCAAAUCACAUUUUUGAACAAAAUUUGUUUAAUAAAAUUUAAAGUAAUUGUAAUUAUUCUAAAUUGUUUUAUUGCAAAAUUUAAAAUUCAAAAUAAUAAUAUAUUUGAUUUCACAAAGUUAAUCUGACGUGAAAUAGACAAAAUAUUAAUAAUAGUUUAGAAUCUUUCAAUAUGUUGGACUGUUUAUUUAAUGGAAUUUAUUUAGUAACAAAAAACAUGUGGUUGAAA